GGCCACGACGACCGGUCGCGAAUCGAACGAUAUUAUGUCGUGUGAAUAAAAUAAUUUACACUCGCGAGCGAUUCCUCUUUGACAAUAUAACAAUAAUAAUUAUUAUUAUUGUUUUAUCCACAUACGCGUUUCACAUGUAAUUACCUUUAUCGUAAUAUCAUACGAAUCACACGCGUAUUUUAGACGAGUCACCGAAAUGGAGAGUAUUUACCCGCGACGGGUGCCCGUCAUAGGUAACUUGACUGGCAACGGAUGGACGGUGGCAAGCCAGGAGAGCGUGCUCUCUCUGAUCGUCGUACUCGGUAGCAGCGUGUCCUUGGUGGGACUCAUAUUCGCGUUCAUCACUUACAGUUUGUUUUCAGAUUUAAGAACAAUGUCCGGCACAGCAUUGAUGUACAUGUUAGCAAAUAUGUUUUUAACGCAGCUAUUUUAUGUAGUUGGUGUUGGAGGAGUUCAGGAAGAUAAUCUCUGUCUGUGCUUAGCGUUUGGAAUACACUACCUCCGUCUGGCCAUUAUCUGCUGGCUGUGUGUGAUGACGUACGAUAUGUUGAUAACGUUCCGCAACAACGUGAAUCUCAACCCUCGGCCGGAACCGGUAAAUGUGCUAAUUUCAAGGUUUGUCAAGUAUAGUCUGUUCGCUUGGGGCGUACCCUCCUUGUCAGUGAUAUCAGCUAGCGUGAUGAGAGUGACCGUGAACCACCAGACCGUCGACAACCUCAACCCGUACAACUGUUGGUUUUUCGAGAAGACCAUCUACAACGUGACGUUCGCCAUGCCGGCGCUGUGCUGUUUCGCGGCCAUCGUCGACUCGCUGGUCCGGAGCUGGCUGACCGCCCGGGCCACGGUCGGGCUGCAGGUGGACAAGAAAACUCGGCUGAAGAUGCACCGGAAGCGCACGCUGCAGCUGCACCUGUACGUGAAAAUCGCCACGUUACUGUUCGCCGUGAACGUGUUCGGGUACGUGGCCAGGAACGGGUCGCCGGAGUCCGACCCGGUGGCCUGGAUCGCGUAUAACGUGGGCCACUCGCUGCAGGGCAUACUGGUCGCGCUGGCCGUCACGUGCAACUGUCAGGUGCUGAAGAUCUACACGCGGUCGUUCACUCGGCGGCGGCGUCGGCGGCCGCGCAACGGCAGCGCUACGGCGCUAUUCGACAAACGCGACAACGACAUCAGCGACACGACGUAUCUGCAAAACCUCACUUGGGACCCCGUCCCGCUGCCCGUCUAGAAUUUCGAGGGGAGGCGCACGUCAUGACGAUGCGGACGAACACGACAAGACUCAUCCGGCCACGGCCGCGGUCGUGGGUCACGCGUUGCGCGGACAGUCGGCGGGUGUGAUGAUCGGGUGGGGGAGAGAGGGAGGGCGAGAAACCCGGUGAUGGUGUCACGGCGCAUAUUUCACCACAUUAUAUACUAUGUAUUAUUAUAUUAUUAUUAUUAUUAUUAUUAUUAUUAUUAUUAUCAUACAUAUUAUAUUGUAUUCGUACAUAUAUUCACACACGCACCCACCACCAACCGGCAGUCCAACAGACCCGCACGAUCCCCACGUCGCUUGAUCAAGCUUAUCGUAGCACAAGGGGCUCUACACCUCCGUCGGAAAUUCGGAACGAUUUUUUGUUUGUGUGAAUGCGAAUAUCUUCGUCGUAAUGUUAUUAAAAAUGUAUAAUAUUAUUAUAGUUACCUACGUGUCAUAGUUAAUGAAAACUACCGUCGAGUCAAUAUUAAUUUAGUAGAUACAUCAUCAUAUUAUAUUUAUGGGUCAUGUAUAUUAGGUUAUGCGUUAACACAUAUUUUUUUGUUUUAUGAAUGUUUGUUGAUGACAAAACUAUUAAAAUUAUAAAAAAUAUUUUACCUUUACUUAUAAUAUUUCUCAUAGAAUAUAUUUGAAACUAUAUAAAUUAAAAAGUUUAUCACUGUUAAUUUAAGAUAUUAUUAAGAAAUAAUUGACCAUUUAUAUUUUACGUCAUCCAUAAUAUGUAUUAAAUAUUAUAUACACUGAUAAAAAUAGUUGUACAGUUCGUAUACCUACGAAAAAAGUCAAAUAAAAUAAUGAAUUUAAUUAUGUACCGUUACAAUAAUGUUACAAUAUUGAAGUUUGAUGGUAACGUUUAAUAUACAUUAUACACGUAUAAAUUUAUAAAUAAAUAAGAAAAAAAUUAAUUAUAUCCAAAAUGUGAAAAAAAUGCUUAAAAUGUAAAAUAAAUCUUAAUGAUUAAAUGUGUGCAAUACAUAAACGAUCACCUGUAAAGCUAUAUCAAAUUAUUAUAUGUACCUACAGAAAGCAUAUCGAAUUUCGACUUGAAACAUUGAAGUCAUCGAUAUCCAGGCUUUAGAUUUAUGUCACAGUAUAUUAUUUCAUUAUAAUUUCUAAUUUACCUACUAUGAUGAUAUUAACACAACUAGUAUUUAAUGUCAAUAAUUUGAUUAACAUCGACAUUUUUUGCGAUCUCAUAAUUAAGUUUUACUAAUUUUACUUCAGCCGAAUGAUAUCUCGAUUAUGAAAAAAAGUUAUACUACAUUAUAACCGUAUUUUUACAAUGACUUGCGUAUAUAUAUUAUAAUAAUGUAUAAGUACUAAAUUAUAAUAUUACAUAUCUAAUACUCGAAUAAUUCACUGUAUUAUCAUCUUUAUUACUUCCAAAAUAUAAUUACUAUAUAUACCUACGACCUACCUACAUCAUUAUGUAUUAUAAAUACACAUCGCAGUAUAUAUGAUAUCAUAGUAAUAUAAAUAUUGGUAAUAUCACAUAAUAUGAACAUUUUUUGUUAUUUUAUUAUUUUCUUCCUCUUAAACAAUGAGUAUUCAAUCCAAAUACAAAUAUUUGACUUAAUUUUAACAAUAUGAAAUUGACGAUAUUCACGUAUAAAAUAUUUGGAAGUCAAAAUAGAUUAUGUUGAUAUUACCAAGUACGUAGGCAAUAGAAAUUACCUAAAACAAGUUUAAUUAUAUUUUAUCAUAUUAUAUCUAGGUAUAUUUAAUACACAACAGGUGCACAUUGGAGGAAUUUCAAAUCUCACAAUUUUACUAGUCUAAACAAUUGGUUCGAAGUACAAAACUUUAGGUAUGACGCAUGUUAUAAUGUUAUAUUUACAAAUGUCAUACAAAUGAUUUGAUUAUUUUCGAGUUUUGACUUCUAUACCUAUUAUAGAUUUGGAGUUAACAGAAUUGUAAUGUUUGUUAAAAAAGUUAAGUAAAAUAUACAAACCAUUAAUUAAUUAAUCGUAUAAUUUAGAUGAAUUUAAAUAAUUUUAAGAGUUUUAGUAUUAGUACACAUUUAAUAUUCUAAAAAUGAAAAUAAUAUUAUAUACAUACCAAAAACUUAUCUACGUCUUUCUCCAUUCGAGUUGUGAAUAAAUUUAAAAAAACCAAUUAGAUCAUUAAGUUAACCGAGACUACCUACCCUUAAAGAUUUUAUAAA